AUCAAAGACAAAUCGCGUGGUGGGUGUCAUUGCAUACAAGAUGGCAGCGUACAGCAGAUGAAGUUGAUUUUUUAAAAGAUUACCCCACUAGUAGAAAACCAGACUUGAACAUUGUUUAGGUGAUAACAUUUUCAUACCCGUCAUUUUACGUCGAAAUGGGUACAAUCUUUUGCAACAACUGACCGUGAUCACGCCGGUAGAAAGAAAGCGAGCGUUUCUACAGGAUGCCCGAGAUAAAAGUAACUCCUUUAGGUGCUGGCCAGGAUGUGGGGCGAAGCUGUAUCUUGGUUUCCAUUGGUGGGAAGAAUGUCAUGCUGGAUUGUGGGAUGCACAUGGGAUACAAUGAUGACAGGCGUUUCCCAGAUUUCUCCUACAUUACACAGAACGGACGGCUAACAGAGUUUCUGGAUUGUGUCAUCAUAAGCCAUUUCCACCUGGAUCACUGUGGCGCCCUCCCCUACAUGAGUGAGAUGGUGGGCUACGAUGGGCCUAUAUACAUGACCCACCCCACCAAGGCCAUCUGCCCAAUCCUGCUGGAGGACUUCCGGAAGAUCACCGUGGACAAGAAGGGCGAGACCAACUUCUUCACCUCGCAGAUGAUCAAAGACUGCAUGAAGAAAGUGGUGGCAAUAAAUCUCCAUCAGACAGUCCAGGUGGAUGACGAGUUGGAGAUUAAAGCCUACUAUGCAGGCCAUGUAUUGGGAGCUGCCAUGGUACAGAUUAAAGUUGGGUCAGAGUCUGUGGUCUACACUGGGGAUUAUAAUAUGACACCAGACAGACAUUUGGGAGCUGCGUGGAUUGAUAAGUGUCGUCCCGACAUCAUGAUCUCCGAGUCCACGUACGCCACCACCAUCCGAGACUCCAAACGCUGCCGAGAAAGAGACUUCCUGAAGAAAGUGCACGAGACAGUGGAACGAGGAGGAAAGGUCCUUAUUCCCGUCUUUGCUUUGGGAAGAGCUCAGGAGCUUUGCAUUCUGCUAGAAACAUUCUGGGAGAGAAUGAACCUGAAGGCGCCCAUUUACUUCUCCACUGGCCUGACUGAGAAAGCCAAUCAUUACUACAAACUCUUCAUCACCUGGACAAACCAGAAGAUCCGAAAAACGUUUGUCCAGAGGAACAUGUUUGAGUUCAAGCACAUCAAGGCAUUUGACCGAUCCUACGCUGACAAUCCAGGACCCAUGGUAGUGUUUGCGACACCGGGGAUGCUGCAUGCCGGGCAGUCUCUUCAGAUCUUCAAGAAGUGGGCUGGCAACGAGAAGAAUAUGGUCAUCAUGCCAGGCUACUGUGUGCAAGGCACUGUGGGACACAAGGUCCUGAGUGGGCAGAAGAAGCUGGAGAUGGAGGGAAGACAAGUGCUGGAAGUGAAGAUGCAGGUGGAGUACAUGUCCUUCAGCGCCCACGCAGAUGCUAAGGGGAUAAUGCAGCUGAUCCGCAUGGCUGAGCCCCGCAGUGUCCUUCUGGUGCAUGGGGAGGCCAAGAAGAUGGAGUUCCUCAAGGAGAAGAUAGAGCAGGAGUUCAGUAAGUAUCUGUUCCAACAGUAAGUAUCUGGUUUCUAA